AAGAGGUACCAAUAUAAAAACCGGUGCUACCUCCAGUUAUUGUCACAGGGAGAAUUCCAGAUCUUUUCUAGAGCUGCUAAAAAGUGGAGCCCAUGUCUUUCUCGAAAAGCUAGGUCGUGACGUCGCUAUCAACUGCAGCCUCUUCAACACUUUCCUACCUACAUCUCAAAAUCAUCCAGCCUCAGUGCUUCCAUUCCCGUCUUUGCAUCCAGGAGUAAUAUAGAGGGUUAAAGAGCGUACACCAAACUUUGCAACCAGCACCGCCUCUGCAAGAAUUAAAGCUGUCGCAGUAUAGCAGCAAGCUCGCAACUAUGACAGACUCACCACCAACGGAGCCCCGAGCUCGCUCGAGCUCACCUGCUUCCAAGGACAAGGACGACCGCAAAGGCCGCGAUGAUACAUACAGAGAGAAUGACGAACGUCGCCAGCGCAGAGACCGUAGUAGGUCGCGCGAUCGCAACAACAACCGCGACCGCAGAGAUUCGCCCCCACGCAGACCCCGAGAUCGAUCGCGGUCACCAGCGCGAAGACCCAGAGGAUCAGGCGGCUUCAAGUGGAAGGGAGAGCGCCGAGACAGCGACAGAAACCGUGACUUCCGCAGGCGGUCACCGCAGCGACAUCGAGAUCGCGACUAUGGCAGGGACCGGAACUACCGUCGAGAUGACCGUGAUGGAGGACGGGACAGACAGCGAGAUGGCGAUAGGGAUCAGAGAAGGGAGAGGAAGGAAAAGAAGGAAGAGAAGCCCAAAGCUCCUGUGGCCCAGGCAGGCGAGGAGAUGAUCAUCGUCAACGUCAACGAUCGACUUGGUACGAAAGCUGCUGUACCCUGCUUGGAGUCUGAUACCGUGGGUCAGCUGAAGAUGAUGGUCGCCGCCCGAAUCGGUCGUGACCCUGGCCAGAUCAUCUUGAAGCGACAGAGUGAGAGGCCAUUCAAAGACCACAUCACCCUGGGUGAUUAUGGCAUCUCGAAUGGUGUGCAACUGGAUCUGGAGAUUGAUACCCGGGACUAAAAUGGCAUGAAGCACUGUUCAAUAUGGACUCUGGGAGCAAAGUUUUCAACCUUUUACUUUUUAUCUAGCGUUAUCUGGAUUGCAUGGCUAAAACAAUACACAGUCGAAUAGAAACAAUUUAGUCUGGGAAUACUGGCGCGAGCCAUGCCAUAUAAAAGAAAUCUCAUCAAGAGGUCGUGUCCAAACUCAUC